UGUGUAAAAGAGUUGAGUUAAGCCUUUGAAGGCGGGAAGUUAGCGUCAAAAUUUUUUGUUAAUUGUUCGUAGUGAACAUUUUUGUUUGUAGUACUCACAGAGAUCGGUGUAGUGUCACGUGAAUAUUUCUGUCGGUUUUCUCAAAGCAUACUUGCGGCUCCUAUAUCGAAGGUUACUGUGUGAAUGCAUUUUCAUUCUGUAUACGUGCGGUCCCGGCUAGAAUGAGGUGACAUUCUUGCUUUGAAAAUGUACUGCCUGUCAGUGCUGGUGUAGUUGGCUGGCACAAUAUGGGAAUUGGCCAAAGGAUGUGGUAUCACAAAAGACCAGAGAUCAGGAAGGGACCAGACUUCUGUUAUGGACCAGGCUCUUCAAGUGACUCAGGAGAUGCACAAAACCAAAAAUAGCUUGCUGUGGGGAAUCAUCAAUGGAAUUCUGAUGGCUAUAGUUUUAUAUGAUGUAAUAUACACAUGUCCAAUGUACACAGCAACAGUGAUUUAUUUUGAGUGGCUGGUGGCUCUAGUUUUGAUGUUGAACACAGCCUAUCAUUUUGGCCAUUACUUGCGAAGAACUUUCUAUUUGGAUCCUGUUACCCUUUCCCCAACCCAGAAGAAACUGUUGGGUAUUUCUGAUUCAGAUCCACAUUUCAAGAUUACUUCUCCACCUGCUGACAUGUCAAGGUCUAGUACUUUGCCUCAUUCAGACAUUCUGUCGUCAACACCGAUUAAUCUGUCUGCUUCCAGCUGGAGGUCAUCAUCUUUCAUGUCUUCUCCAAGUGACAGUAUGAUGAGUGCCAACUACACAAUGUCAUCACCAUCAUGGGUUUAUCAUCAGGGCUCUCCUGUGGCCACCCUGUCCAUCCCUCGAAAUAGAAGUCAGCAGACUUCUCCGGGCUCUCAAUUGUCAGCCAUUUCAUCUGUGGACUUCAUAGAGAAUGAACGUUCAUUAACACAGUACCUCCAGGAUUAUGAAAAUUUCGAAAGAACUGCAGCUGUUGGUCAGAGUGUGGAGCAACCUUCAAACUUGUUGAGUUCCUUCUGGAGCCACCCAGCCACUCGCACAGCAUCGGAAGUGCCACCUACAUUGCGUCGCUGCUCAUAUCAACUGGCACCUCCCACCACAGUGCCUACAGUGGGGAGUCCUGGAAGCCAGGCUGAUGAAACAGGCUCACCUUCAUCCUCUCUGUAUCAGAGUCAAGAUGUUUGGCGGCGCGUGCGAGUAAAUCCAAAUGUUCUCACACAGUGGAAUGCUAAUUUGCGAAUGUGGAUAUCCAAGACUAUCUUAUUUCGUCUUGUGAAGGAAAUUGAAGCUGUGGAUGAAGCAUUGCAACGUCAUGGUCUGGCAGAUAUUCGAGUGGGUUCAGUUGGCCUAGAACGCUUAAAGAAGACUGCACAAAUUCUUCAGGUGUCACAGAAUAUACCUACUCUGAUUAGUCUUAUUCCUUUCUUGGAACUCACAUCAAAUCAAGAAUAUCUUGUGACCCGAAUCAAAGAGUUGGCAAAAGGUGGAUGCAUGAGUGAAUUUCGGUGGAAUAGUGGAGGAAGUCUUCACAAUAAGGACUGGGAAGAACAUUUGCCUACCGACUCGGCUGUCGUGAUGCACCUGUUUGCAACAUAUUUAGAUUCUCAGCUACCUCCAUUGCCUCAGAAUCCAGAUGGUCGCCCAUUCACAUCCUCAUAUUUUGCCAAAACUCCAGACAAACCCCCCCAGGGAAAGAACACAUUUGCUAUUUACCAAGUUCAGAUGAACCCCCCUCACUAUGUUCUUCUGGAUGGCGAAGAUACGCUGGAAGUGGCAAAGGGUCGUAAUAAUUUGUUUCACACACUGCUGCUGUUUCUUCAUCUAGUGAACACGAAGGAACAUGGAAUGUUGGGCCGAGUAAACUUGGGUCCAUCUGGUGUCAAUUUGUUAUGGGUGAUUGAAACAUGAAUACUUAAUUUGUGAAUUUCUUCUAGUUUACUGGUUGAAACAUGUGAUGCUGCUUUAUGGUGCCUGCAUUUCGAAUAUGAUGGAAUUGGCAUCUGUUACUGAAGGAAGAGUGUAGAAUGAUUGUGUAUUGUAAUAGAAUUAAUAUACCUUAAUUUAUGUAUUAUGUAUGUUUCACAUUGGAGAAAAAGUCUUAAAUAUUUUAAAUCAAGCAUUUGCUAAUAGAUGUAAGAUUUUGAAAAUAAAUGGAU